AACGUCGGAUCGGGCAGACGUCCACGUUAAUGAUGUGUCACGUGAGUGUGGCGAUGGUGACGGUAGCGACGCUAGCGGCAUUAAUGGGCUGUCAGGCCCAGGAGGGCGGAAAGUGCGUGGACGGGAACGGCCAGGCUGGAACCUGCAUCAACAUCCGCUCAUGCCAGCCGCAAAGAGAACUCCUGCAGGCGGUCAGGGAAAAUAGAGCGCCUCCUAACGGCCUCAGGAUUUUGCGGCAGUCUGUGUGUGAAAUCCAGAGCAAUGGAAGACUACUGGUGUGCUGCGCCCAGAGCACAAGCACAGGGACAACUACAAGUGCAAGUACAGGUAGUGGCCGUGACCUGUUGCCCAAAAAUUGUGGAAGGGUUGAUCUGACCGACCGUAUCAUCGAUGGAGAAGACUCUCCGCUGCUCGCCUGGCCCUGGAUGGCGCUUCUCAGGGGCACAGGUCGAGGACAGCCGGCUAGCUGGUUCUGCGGUGGAGUCCUCAUCAACGAUCGCUAUGUGCUCACUGCGGCCCACUGCUUCAAUGAACACGAGUUUUCACGUGUUGCCAAUCUGCGUCCCUGUCGACGUAGUGAGGGACAUGGGGUUCUCGGAGGCAGACUUCCAGGGAAAACGCGCCUGGGCCGCCGGUUGGGGCUCCACCUCCAGGAGUCCCUUGAGGGUGACAACGCCUGACACGCUGCAGCAGGUGUUUCUCCCCAUCCGAGAAGACGCAGUCUGCCCGCUGCUAAAGAGAAAUUACCCCGACCCCCGCAUGGUACUGUGUGCUGGAGGGGACGGCAAGGACACGUGCAGGGGAGACUCAGGCGGCCCACUCCAGCUGAGCAACAGGGCCGAAACAAGAAGGUUCGUGGUUGGCAUUACCAGCGUUGGUCCCGAGGUGUGCGGUAGACAGAACACCCAGGCACUGUACACCAAUGUUCACUUCUACGUUCAGUGGAUCCUGGAAACUCUACGACCUUGAAGAAUCCUGAUGUAAGACCCCAUGCAUGGUAACUUGACACCACACCACUGGCUACGUGUAAGACACGUAGAACUCUUAGAAACAGCACCAGCUCGGAGUUUUUCUCCUCAUUCCACCAGCGUAGAUUGUGGUCAUGACAGCACCAGGAAUCAUAUUCAUUUCAUUCGUGAAAACUUUUCAUAUGUGUUUUUUUUAUCAAUAAAUUUAGUUUAUGUUCCAGUGUGUCCAGUGUGUAGCUAACCUGUUGCUCUUUGAUCAUCGUACUCGCUGUCACCUCGGGAUCUUUUCUCAGUUACUUUCGACAGACUCCAUAGUAGUGAUUAGAAGCAUGUGUUAGUGAUUUUAGAAAUAAACUAUUAAGGAGU